ACACUUGCGCAACCAAAUGCUGUUAUGCUAGCGGCUAUGGCUAGUUAUACAGAGCUUAAAGAAACGAUAAGGUUUAGAUAUAAAUAUCUCCGUUUUGGAUCGUCGAUUGCAGAUUACUUUUUUGUUUUGGAGAAGGUGAUGAGGAGCACGAGCGAGGUGCAAAAAGACCAGACUCUAUCAAAAUAAAGACGCGUCACCAGAGAUGCAUUGAGCAGUGGAGCUGCUGCUCAGAUACAGGCUUCAGCUGACACAGAUGAGGACUGCAAUCUGGAGUCCAUUCCUGAGCGACCACAUUCAAAAUAAACAAGUAUUUUGUUAUAAUGUGCAAAUGUUUUUUUCUGAAAUAGUUUCUUCUACAUGCUUUGGUGGGCAGAGUAGUUUUGAAUCGAUAUACAUCAUGUACUAUGUAGUGUUGACUCAUUUCAGAAAAUGCUAGAUAGAAGAUAGAAACGCCAGUUAACGAUUGUAACAAUUCAUCCAUGGAGUCAAAAUAGCAGCGCAUUUAUUUGAAAAAAAAAUAUUGCAAAGCAAAAUACUCAAAGUAUUGAGCAAAAAAAAUGCAAAAGAAUAAAUGAAGAGUUUGGUUCCAAAACACGAUAAACGCCAAUUAAAGGCGGAGUCCAUGAUGUUUGAAAGCCAAUGUUGAUAUUUGAAAUCACCUAAACAAACACGCCCCUACCCCAAUAGAAUCUGGACCUUCUGUUGAUAGACCCGCCCCACACAUACGCAACCCGGCAUUUGAUUUGAUUUGAUUGGCUAUAAGUGUGUUUUGGUAGACGGCCCGUCUAAUUUUCCAAAGCGUUUUUCAAACAUCGUGGACUCCGCCUUUAACUGCCAAAAUCAGUAUUGUAUCAGGUAAGUAUUUAAAAGUAAAUUCUUAAUUUCACGCAAAAUACCAUAUCCGCCGUGUUAUUCUGUCAUCUUUUUUCCCAAAACGCACUAAAUGCCACUCCCCUUCUUCUGCAGAAUGUAAUAAAUCCGCUCAACCAAUCACAGCCCCUCAUUCAACAAUGGCGGCGCGGAAUACAUACAGAAUCCUAGUUUUCCUCAUCUCGUACUUUGUGAUCAACAAACAAACAAAAACAAAAUAAUACUUUGAUGGCAUUGAUAAACCUGUGGUGGUUUUUUGUGACGGGAAAGAACGUAAGCCAUCAGCAUGUAAUAAUUUACGUGAGAGGCACUUGGGAGACGGAAAAAUGCCGGUUGCUUGUUCUCCCGACAGCAUCAAGCUUCUGUCAUGCUAACACAUUGACCCCAGGGGAUCUUAUGAAAAACUUUCCAUAAUUCUUUUAGCGUGUUAUUUAUCAUUAUAUGAUACUUAAUGACACACCAACCCAAAAUAUAUACAUUAGCAUUGCGACAAUGACGGCAGAAUUGCUCUGUUUGCUGCAGAGACAAGAAAUCACAUGUCACAUUUUAUUAUUGUUUUAGUUAGUAUUAUUUGUAUAUGUAUACAUACAUACAUACGUUUCUAUACAUUAACGCUGUGGGAGAUACUUCUAUACCUAUUUACCACAAAAAUCCUCAACUACACCAAUAGCUUGCAUGUGAAAUUUUGUUUCUGGAUAUUGUGUUAGGUGAAUUCUGCCAUCUGCUGGUUAGAGAUAAACCUAAAAGGAUGACAGGUUAGGAAAGAAAUUGCUUCGUCCAGCAGAGGGCCAUAGAGAACCAUUCAUUUGACUGGAUGAUGCCAACUGCUCGUACAACUAAUAAUGUGAUACAUUUCGUGAAUAUAUUUAUGUAUAAACAUUAGAAAAGACAUAAAAAAAAUAUUUUUCAAAUAGUAGAAUUUUUGUAGUUUUUGAUGCAUUUUGUAAUAGCUGUUUUAACAAAAAGCCACAAAAAUGCAACAAAAAAGUGCCAAAUAAGACACACGGACAAGACUUAGGGGGGCGUGCACACAAAAGCGUUUACGCCCGCAGCCAGCGCAUGUUUUUAAAGGGGCCAUGGCACAAGACUUUUUUAAGAAGUCAAAUAAAUCUUUGGUGUCCCCAGAGCACAUAUGUGAAGUUUUAGCUCAAAAUACCAUAUAAAUAAUUUAUUAUAGCAUGUUAAAAUUGCCACUUUGUAGGUGUGUGCAAAAAUGUGCUGUUUUGGGUGUGUCCUUUAAAAUGCAAAUGAGCUGAUGAAAUUCAAAUUUGAUCACAGUGAUGGUGGCCAAAUUUCAACAACCUAUUUUUUCAUGUGCUUGUAGAGAAUGCCUUACCAAAACUAAGUUACUGGGUUGAUCCUUUUCACAUUUUCUAGGUUGAUAGAGCACUGGGGACCCAAUCAUAGCACUUUAAUCUUUUUCAACACUCAUGGAAAAAUGUUUAACUUUUUGGUGAAAAGCUCAGCUCGUCAAUGUCAAUUCUCACACGGCCAUCCAAUCACAGUGGAGGAGGGGCGGCACAAAUAUCUAUAUAUAUAUAUAAAAAAGCUGGCAGUCGGCUGAAAUAACAGCUGAAAAGUCGACACAGCUUUUCGUGAUUGGUCGCCUCACUGAUGACAACGAUCAUGUGCGUUUCAAGUUUAAUCCAACCUUUAGUUCCCAUAAUAAACAUUAUAAAUUCAUGUUUUAAAACAGGAAAAAAACCUUUUAAUAUGCAUAAAUAUGUUAUAUUGUGUCGUGUAAUAAAAUAUAAAUGAAAAUAACAAACUCUAUUGGUAUUUUAAUAAUAUAGGCUCGUUUCCCGUUAUUUUCGGUUAUACAGUAUAAGCAGCAAUUAAAAUAUUCUAUAUAAAAUGUUUCUGGUUGCAACUUUUUAUUAAAAUGUUUGUUUUUAUUACUUUAUUCGCGAUUAAUAACAAGGAAACACGGCGCACACGUCACUACAGCAAGCAGCAGGUGUCCGGCUUGACGGCUCCGUCUUCAGUUCCUCCCUUGACUGCAAGCGGCAAACCUUGCCGAUCGGUCUGGGCAGCACCGGAUGAUCUCGAACACACCUGAUCUUGACAUUUGAAAUCACCUAAACAAACACGCCCCUAACCCAAUAGAAUCUGGACCUUCUUUUGAUAGACCCACCCCACACAUACGCAACCCAGGCAACGAUGUCAGGUAGUAGACACACACCUUUCUGCUGUGUGUUUUGGUACUCGGCCCGACUCCCGUUUCCAAAGUGUUUUUCAAAAAGCACGCACCCCGCCUUUAAGCUGCAUUCAGAUUAGCAGCGACUAGCAGUAGCAGAGCGACACGAUCUCAUUGAUUUCAAUGUACGACUGCGCAAUGAUAUUAGGCAGUGCCCGAAAAUAGUCCCAUUAGUAACUUUCAAUAGCAGGGGACUAUUUUCGGGCACUGCAUAACAUUAUUUCGCCGCUUGCAGCCAUGUUACGGCAGCAAAGUCCUUGAUUAUACGCCAGAAUGAGAGUAUAGUUAAUAGACAUAUCUGCCUAGAAAAUCACAACUUUUAAUUUUCCAUCGGUUUUCGUACACGAUGUAACUACAGAAGAGUCAAGUUUUAAAUAGGAAAAAUAUCAAAAACUCUUUGGUUAUUUUCUUAGCGCAAUGCUAAUGGUCUAAAUAGAUUCAAUGGAUUAUGCUAAGCUAUGCUAAAAGUGGUACCGCCAGACCUGGAGAUCAGCUGAAUGGAUUCCAAAACUGUAAACAUCAAAUGUUUAAAGUGACACUUUGUAGUUUUUCAACCUUCGUAAUAUAUUUUCAAGACCCUUGUGAUGGUACAUUGACUUAAAAUAGGUUAAAUGACAUGUCUACCAUAGCCUGAUGAGGUCUGUAUCGCUUUUACUCGUACUUUUAAACUUGGGGUUUUGGGUAGUAACCCGAGCACAAAACAAAAAAACUACAAAAAUCUGCUUUACGGCAUAUGUCACUUCCUCCACUUCCUCAAACUCGGACGUGAGAGCGCAACUAUUUAUUUUCCGACUGUUUUGUCAUGGCCGACAAGGUUUUGUCGGAGGAGACCAGAAAGAGAAAACAGGAGAGUGAAAGAAUAAAAAGAAGGACGAGGAUCAAUUAUAUUGGGCCAGCAUUCGCUCGCUGGCGUGAACUAAAGAAGGAGGAGGGGUUUCUGACCGAUGCUGACUUGGCCCUCAUGCUUUUGUACUAGUAAGUAAUGUUAUAUUGCUUGCAUAUAUAUAUAUAUAUAAAGUCCUGUCUGGCUCUCGAACACUAUUUUUUUACGUGAAUUUUACUGGAGGCUACUUGGAGAGUUUAGAGAGAGAUUUACAUUACGUGACAUUGUGGCGCCGUGGUGGUGUCAUGGACCUAGGACACGGGCGAUCCGGGUUCGAUUCCCCUUUAAGGCAAUUUUUUUAAUAUAAACUUUAACCAAGCAACCACCGUUACAACUGGCUUGAAAACGUGAGCUACGCGAUCUUUUGGCAUUUGAAAUAAAAUAAAACCCAUAAAAUUAUAUUCAUAUGACAUGCUGGAAGGCACACUUUGUGACCUAAAGAGUUGUCUUCUUUUCCCUUGCGACAGUGCUGCGGCGCUUGUGGCCUCUAGGGGCGCUAGACGUAAAAAAUACAUGUCUAGCACCCCCUAGUGGCCAAAAAGUUCCAUGGUGUGCCUUUAACUUUAGGGGAGAUGAAAAAUGAGCAAACUUUUUUUUUAAACUGAAGUGUCCCUUUAAGUAUAUUGGGGUCAUAUUUACCCCAAGAAGCUUAAUAGGCGUUAAACAUACCUGUAUACAGUUUACCAUCUUAAUGGAACACUUUGGAUUUUAAUUCGUCUGUCUAAUGUGAGUCUAUUGACUGACACGCAUUAACUUAUGUCCUGUGAUGCAUUAAUUAUUUACACAUGAAAAGCAGAGCGUGUAUAGUAUAUCGAUUUGACUAAUCAGACUAAUCCACAGGCUUAGAGGUACUGUAAGGUCCUAUAAGCACCUGAUACAAACACACUACGUGCCUCACUCCUUUGCCCAAUUGAAUGAAAUUAAGCUGUUGGAGUUUAGGACAGCACAAAUCACGACACUGUACGCUCAACGACGGACACAGAGGCGAACCUACAUUAGAUUGGAUGUAGAUUAAAUCUGGUGGCAACAGCACAAUGAGCGUAGCGAGGGAGAGGGUGCGUUAUAUUAAGACUUCUUAUGGUUAAAUGAUGAGCCCGCGAGGGGCUCCCUAAAAAUGCAGGACCCCAGGCAAAUGCUUUGCCUGUCCCAUUGCUAUGCCAGACAGAUGAAUGGGUCUAUGUUUUUAGGAAUUGAACUGAGGUAUAUUUGGAGUAAAGAAACUAAUCUUAUAAGAGGCUCAACCUGCUUGGCCACAAGAAGAAGAGGAAGCGAGUGAUCAGACGUGUUAUUGAUGUAUCAGAUAGAAAGUCACCAAACGCUGCUGGAAAAAGAUCUAACUAUUGGAUUUUUGUGUCAUGAGACCUAAUUUGGAUGUAAUGUGUUGACACAAAGAAUGCAACAUGGACUUACCAAGCAGCAUGCACCAAUGUUUGUAUUCAUACGCAUGUCGACUAAUAUAAGUGCAAAGAUGCCUUUAUUUAUUGUGGAGACUACUUGCAGCCUCAUUGGUUGGCUCUUUCUAUACGUGUUGCUGUGUUUCUUAAAUACUGACAGAGAUAAUGAGUGGAACUGUAGGUUGGUAACUCUCUUUCAUGGCAUACUGAUAGUCUGUUUGACUGCCUAUAUUGGCUUCAUUGCUGGGCCAUGGCCUUUAACACACCCAGGCACAGAAAACACAUCUCUCCAGAUAUUGGCUCUAGUCCUCAGCCUGGGAUAUUUCCUCUUUGACAUGGCUUGGUGUGUGUACUUUCAAACGGAGGGUCUCGUGAUGCUGGCCCACCACACCAUGAGCAUCCUGGGGAUUUUGCUGGCUCUGGGUCUGGGCGAGUCAGGCAUCGAGACCUGCGGCGUUCUCUUCGGCAGCGAGAUCACCAACCCGCUCCUACAGGCACGCUGGUUUCUCAAGCGGGUGGGCCGCUAUGACAGUUUGGCUGGAGACGUGGUGGACCUGCUCUUCAUUCUUCUGUUUGCCUCUGUGAGGAUUGGUGUUGGAAGCAGAAUGCUGUACUGUGAGUUAACGUCCCCAAAGCCAUUACUGAUCGUGAAAAUAGGCGGGGUGGCUAUUUACACGCUCUCCUGGAUCUUCAUGAUAGACAUUGGACGGUUUGCCUGUCGGAAAACUCGAGCUAAAUACAGGCGAUGGAAAGAGCAAAGGAAAUUGGAUGAUGCUAACGGACAUGCGAUUAAGGUCAAAUAGGCCGUUUUAAACAUGUGGGAGGAAAGAAUGUGUUUGAAACGAGUUUUUUGUGUUUUUGUGUAAGUAUUUUCAAAACCAUUUGACAGAAAUUGCACUUAUCAAUCUCUAGUAAUGAAAUAUUUGUAGGCUGGACAUAACUUAAAAAUCCACAAUUUCUUAAAUUUAUUCCAUUAUUCCUCUUUCACAUAGGUUUCUAUUAAAUUCAAUGACUCUUUAGGUCUGCUAAGAACAUUUAAAAAUGUCCUGAUAAAUUCCAGUUUUUAAUGACUGUUAUACCAUCAAACAAAAGUGCUUCAAAAAAAAGUAAGUCCCAUUAGAAGACUUUAGGAAACUUUUAAGGGGACAUUUGAACUUUAAAAUACACAUUAAAGGGGUGAUUCUCACGAAAACCUGGUUUUAAAAAUGUCAAGCAUGAAAAUGUAAAAAUUGCUUAAAUUUACUUUUUUUCCCACCAGACAUUGAAAAACAAAGUCUGGAGUAAAUGGGAACAUUGAUUUAAAAACUUUUACUUAUCAUUUAACACUUUUUGUAACAUAAUUUAAAAAAUUAGUCCUAAAAAAUCUCAUUACCGCAACAGUCAGAAAACAUCAACACUAACAUAUUUUCAAAAUGACAUGACAUAAACCUGAAAGAACAUAAUUUGGAGAUUCUGCACAUGCAUUUAAAAUCAAAGUGUUAUGCUUCUAUUAAUUAAAUUAACAUUUAAUAAGCAUCUGUUGCGGUAAUGAUAAUCAAAAUGUCGUGUAAGCAUUCUGACAAGACAAUAUUUCAAAUUAACUGUAAAAAAAUGAUCUUACCUGGUAGCCAUCAUGAAGUAACUGGUCCAUGUGCUUGGUCACUCAAAAUCAAACUUUAUUAAAAUUCUGUAUGUGUGCUUAAACUGUUCUCAAAAAGUGUUGCGGAGGAUGAGAACAUCAGGCAUGGACACAUCAUUUUCCUCAUUUUUCUUCAUUAUUAUUAUACAUGAAUAUUCAGUAAAUAUUUUUUCUGUCAUCUAAAGUAGUCUAGCAAAACAUCCAUUUAUUUUUUUCUUAAUAUUUUUGUGUGUUAAUUUGAUUAAAUUACAACAUAACGCAUGUUCAAACACAGCCAGACACAUUGCGGUAAUGAGAAUUUCAGCAGAAAAUGAGAUAAAAUUUCCAAUGAUAAAUUCUUAUGUUGAAAUCACACAUUGUGCAAGGUAGAACACAGUAUUGUGUUAAUUCUGAUGCUUUUUAAUGUUACUAUAUUACACAUUUUAAAGCUAAAAUCAUUAUUGCCGUAUUGUUUCAAUCGUUUCGUGAGAAUCACCCAAAGGUGCAUUGUGUAACUUUUAGAAAGAUCUCUUGACAGAAGUGCAUUUGAAAUCAUCUAAAAUAACACGCCCCUACCCCAAUAGAAUCUGUACCUUCUUUUAAAAGACCCGCCCCACACAUACACAACCCAGCAGGGCUCCAGUCCAGAUUACUUACUACCAAGUGGUGGCAUUUUGCCACCAAAUUUUGAGAGUGUGCCACUGAAUUUUAUCCAGUCACACAUGUGCGACCAGUAAAUCUGACCUUUUUUGUGAUGUGACACUGAAUUUGAAACAUUACAUUGUACUUUCUGCAUCUAUCAUGAAAGUAUUUAUUAGUAAUACAGUGGAAAUGAGUAGAAAUGUGAAUAUUUGUUUAGCAUGUUAAUUUACGGUAUGUGCCCCUAAAUUUUCUGGUUGCGCCCCUAAAAUUUUCAGUUGGGGGCCACUGUGCUCCUAAUGAGUUAUGGGCUCGUUAUAGUCGUGCGUAGGUCCUACGGCGUAGCAGCGACGGCGUAGGUUCCGCGUUGGUUUUCAUUUAUACUUUUGCGUCGUCGUCCGCGUCGACAUGCAAACACACGCGCGACCGCUGGUAGGCAGUAUCCACGCGUGUAACCACAGUAGCAGCACAUACGUGAAAGAAGAAGAAGCUUAGCAAGUUAACCCACAAACGAAGAAGAAACAGCAACUUGUUGUGUAAAAUUUGAGAAGACCAGCAAUGAUGGAAGUAAAUAAACAGUGACUUUUGAUGCAGUUUGAGUUAAAUCACUCCUCAACUUGCCCCAUCUUUGUUUUCACCGUCACAAACGGAAAUACCUAUGACGCAGUUUUUUUUACCUGAUGGGAGGGGUUCUGGUGGACCAAUCACAGCGCUUGCGGUCCGCGUAGAUCUGACGCGCUGUUAAAUUUUUUGUGAGGUGCCCGUCAGGCUACGCACAGGCUACGGAUAGCUAGAACCAACGCACGACUAUAAAUCGCCCUUAAGUCUGGAACCCUGCCCAGGCAACGAUGUUGGUUAGUAGACACGCCCCUUACUGCUGAUUGGCUACAAGUGUGUUUUAGUAGUCGGCCCGACUCUCUUUUCCAAAGCGUUUCUCAAAAAUCAUGCACCCUGCCUUUAAGGGGUAAGCUGUUGGUUGCAAUUCCCAAUCUCACCACUAGAUGCUGCUAAAAUUUACACACACCACCUUUAAUUUAUAUUAAAAUAAAAUAAAUGUAAACAUUUUUAAAUAAAGAUAUAGUGCAACAUGAUCAAAUAAAAUUUCACUUAAUAUUUUUACUAUAGUGUACAACAAACUGACAAAUGUUUAAAUAAUCUUCUCAGCAUCUCACAAGAAUUCGUACAUAUUUUACGAGUUGGCUAAUUCGUAUGAAAUUUAUCAUGCAAAAACGUACGAUUAUCAUACAAAAAACAAUAACAAAACCCCACCCCUAACCCCAAAUUAGCCACCUCGGAAAUUGAGAAUCUGGGAAGAAUAUUGACUUUGACAAUGCAGUUAAGAACCACUGACAUAAUGCUAUCAGACUUAACAGUGUAAUGGUAUUACACACAUGGUGCAAAUCUGCUAAUGCUAUUCAACAUGAGACGAUGUGUCCUUGUACAAUUUCACAGUUCAUCACUGCAAGGUCGACACUUGAUGAGAAAAUGGAAACUCUGUAGAAAUUGAUGUCUAAAUAAUUCAUCGGAAGUAGUGAGGAAAUUCAGAAGUUUUUUUUAAUUCUCCAAUUUUGCCACCAUUCUAUUUUUAUUCAAUAGGUGUUUAACCUCCUCCAUACUCUCAGGUUUUUUUUACUGCACAAUGGAAAUUCACCACCAACAUCUUUCUCUUGCAGAUAUUCAAAUGCAGGUGGGAUUUUAAGUCACACAAAUAGACCCCCAGCUUCCUGCAUGAUUCAUUUAUCCGUAAACUUUAAAGCUGCCGAAUGAUGUCUGGCGAAUUUGAGUACUAUGCCUUUGAAACAGAAACUUGGUUUCAUCUUUUCUUAAUCGCUUUUGCCUGCCAUUGUCCUCAUGUAGCUACUUUAAACAGGAAGGCUCAUUUUUACAGAAAAGACAUAAACAUUAGAUAUUACACUGUAAAAAAGCUUUACUGGCUCAUAAUCAUAGGUGAACAACUUGUAAAACCAUACACGACAUGGUUUUACAUACAGUUAAGUCCAUGCAUAUUUGGACAGAGUUUGUGUUAUUAUCAAAAUGUAUUCCAAUUACAGUCAUAUAAUACUAAUGCCUCUGUCCAAAUAUUUAUGGACCUACCUAGGUAAACUGUAAAAAGUAAAAGUUGUAUCAACUUAAAGGCGCCAUAGAAUAAAAACUAUAUUUCCCUAGGCAUAGAUGAAUAAUAAGAGCUCUGUACAUGGUAAUGACAUAUCGUGAGCCUCAAAGGCAUUUGUUUCCUCAUUUUAUGUAAACCCUGUGACUGCUGGAAAAAAGCAAAUCUCAACAUAACACCACUUGUGACGUCACAGUUGAGAUAUAUACGCCCCAACAUUAAAUUACACAUUAAGUGAAGUACAAAGUUGUUAAAAUGUUUACUAAUGUGAGCUACUGACAUGAGCCUCAGAGCAGAGCAAAUCAGAGCAAAGCUCAACAUUAUUAUUCAUGACCCUUCCAAAUAGGGCAAAAAUAGACAAUUUUCAUCCAAAGGAGGAAUUCUAGGGUUGUAAAUGGACAUGUAAAACCAUUUCUGGAUCAUUUUUGCACUUAAUAAAGCCACAUACCUUCUAUGUCAAUAUCAAAGAACAGUUAAACAAAUUAUUUCAAUGCAUUCUUUGGCAUCUUUAAAAAUUACUUCAGUAGGUAACGCCUAAAAUCUGAAAGUGAGAACAUUUAGGUUGAAUUUAUUUUUAGGCAUUAUCAAUUGAAGUCAUUUUUUAAGUUGAUACAACUUUCGCUUUUUACAAUGUAUGUAUGUGGUUCUCAUAU